CCCACUAUACAUAAAGCGAACAUGGCUUACAAUUGGCGAUUCGAUUAAUCAGUAACAUUCUGAAUGAAUGGCAUUCGUUAAUUAUAUCUCAUCAGCAUGGAUCGAUCAUCAUUACACAAAUCAAUUACCAACCAUAUUAAUCACGCUCAUGAUAAUGAUCCACCAAACAAUGCCAAUCACAAUCAAUCAAUCACAUUCACAAUCUCAAUUGCAACAACCAUUACGCAAACAAGACGAUGAUACCAUAUAUCGACCAUCCCCGACCAUAUAUGUGGAAAUAGGAUUUGUUGCGGUGACAUUAUUUUUCCUGUUAUGUUUCAUAAUGCAUGAAAUAUUCAAGUCAUGCAACUCUACUGGCACCACUCCCAUCGAGCCGGAAGAGCAAACUCAAUAUAUGCUAUGCAUGUCGGAGAAUGCCAUCUAUGAGUAUUUGCUCAUUCUUCGUGUGGGAUGUCCAAGUCAGGAUUUUGAUCGAAACAAUUCCUACAUAGAUUUCGAAAUUCUCGGCCAAAAGGAUGAAGUGAUCGGAAGUCCGGUGCGUUUCGAUUGUUCCCGGUUGAGUGAUAUUGUGUGUGGCGAAAUGCAUCUUAUCCUUAGACGUCUGACGCCCAUGCCGACCAUCCAGGGCAUUCGUGCCAGUCAUUCCAAUCGUCUGCAAUCAUCCAAAACCAGCAAAUCAGCGUCCAUAUUUUUCUACGAAUUCGAACUACGCGAUCGAACCGAAUCGGAAGAACAAGUGGUGGAUUUCCGAUUGAUGCUCGAUUACAUUGAAUUUCGACCACGAAUAUUUCGAGGUUUUGUUCCGAAAAAUUUGAACGACGAUACAAUGGUCGGGGUUUAUCCGGAGAUUCCUAUUCUGGAAUUAUCUCCAUUGGAAAUAGCCAUAUUCGCCACUUUCGCUAUAGUCAUGUGUGGAACAUUCUGCAUGCUACUCGAGUAUGGCAAUCUUUAUCUCAUCAACCAAAAGCAAAAGCAAGGAUCCUUAUAUCGAUCAUUACAGGACUUGCUGUUUGCCGGACCAGUGGUGAUGCUGGUGUUGAUGGGCAAUAUUUUCGUUUACAAAUAUAACAUUAAACGUCUGGCCACGCGAUACGAAUAUUCAGUGAAUCAAACGAGCAAUAAUUAUAUGCGAUAUUUUGCACGAAGCUAUCUCAUCUUUACGGUCAAAUUGAUUAUCGCUUGUGAUGCACUUAUCAUCUAUUUUGGAUUGAAAACAUCGUACGUUUUGUCCCUGUACUGGAUAUCCUCCACCGUAUUGACUUCCUCCACGGUAUUGGGCAUAUGGUCCUGUCUGAACAAAAUAGCCUGCAUGAGCACUAUUUAUGCCAAUUAUUCCAAUAAAUUGGAUUCGUGGUCCUGCCCGACUAAAGUUGAAAUUCAAACACACCAGCAACAACAACAACCACAACAACAGCAACAGCAAGUCAAAAAUGAUAACAACAACAAUAGCAGCAGCAGCAGCAGCAGCAGCACCAACAACAACAACAGUUCCGUAUCAUCCACUAAUCGAUCUUCCGUCAACAAUGAACAAUCAGUCAAAUUAAUCAGCAAAAUAUCAUCCCAGCAUCAAAAACGUCAGCAAACUAUAUCCAAACUGAAAAUGGUUGCUAAACCACCAUCGAAAAGCAAUAAAAGUCAACAACAAAGGAAACGGAGCAAAAAGUAAAGUAGAGAGAACAAGGUGCAAUGAAUGAGAGUGCGGUCAACAUUGAAUUGUCAAUAAAAAUCAUUA